AUGAAGUCGUCGGAGCGGUUUUCCGUGGGCCUCUUUUCGAGGGAUCGACCAGUUCAUCGCCCAAGGGCGGCAACUCAUUGUCCACUUGUAAAGGAAUGGGUUGAGAGAAUACCCGGAACAUUUCGGUUCUCCAUUGUGGGUAGAGAAAAUGUUGGUUGUUCAAGAACCGCAACUGUUGAUCGAUUAAGAGAAGAACGAGCUAAAAAGGAACUAGUAUUUCGAUACACAGCUCCAGAUGGAGAAACUGCAGCAAUUCCACGAAUCGUCGAGCCAUAUAAAUUUCUCCACGUGAAUCAAAAUGCAUCGAGAGCGGAAAUUAAAUCAGCUUUUCUAAGGGUUGCAAAUCACAGCCGAAGACAGGAUAGAGCCAUGGCGUCUCUCUCUUACAAUAUUCUCAUGUCGAAAAUUCCGCGUUACCGAAAAAUACGUGAUGAUCGCUUUGAAGUCACCCAGAGAACUGAUGUUAUUGUGCUUGCAGUCGUUGGUGCCACAGCCAGCCUGGUCUCCCAGAUAUCCAAAAAUUCGUCUCUGACUUCAACCACCGAUGAAUACAAACAUUCGCUUUUAUAUGUCACUGCUCGCUCUGGAUUCUAUGACACGACCGAGGCGCUUCUCGAGAUGGGGGUUCCUGUCAACGAGAAACAGGUUGAUGGUAGCACAGCUCUCCACGCCGCCUCUUUCUAUGGACAGCAGCCUGUCGUCGAACUUUUGCUUCGGCACGGAGCAGACCCAACAGUUACAAACAAAUGGCGCCACUCUCCAGCGGACGAGGCCAAUUCCAGGGAAAUUAAGCAAAUUAUUUUGUCUUACAAGGAAGACCGUAUCUCACAAAUCGUAUCAUUACUGGUUGGAAAAAGCCUUGCUUUUUGGGUCCGCUUGAUUAAAUACGACGGCACGGUUAUUGCAAAAGAGGUUUUACGCAAUAGAAAUGUAAUUGACCCACGAACGAGACAGGAAUUGGAUUCUAUAAUCUCCAACUGGAAGAGCGUUUGGCAUGGAACAAAAGCCGAACAUCUUGAAUCCAUCUUGAGGCAUGGUCUUAAACCCAGUGGCUCAAAGCUUCCUGGUGGUUUUACAAUCUCACCACCGUUAAAUCAUAUCAAGCUGGAUAAAAAAUGCUUUGGCAUCGAUAACUGGGCCAAUGCCGUGUUUGUCUCGCCUAGAAUAACUUACGCUUCCCACGGCGCCUACUCCGAGCGAAUUUCUUCGGUUAGCAAGAAGUGGUGUGUUUUAAUCAGGGCCUAUGUGAAGCCUGGUACGUAUACAAGGCAUCAGUCCACUGUUUCAUCAGGAGCUGAUCCAAUUCCUGGAGAGUCAGUAAUGCCAGAGUAUCGCAUUGAUGCUGACCCAGAGGAAGAAGAGAUCUUUUGCGUUAAAUCUGGGGUAGCCGGAACAGAAGGAGGAACAGAGUUUGAUCGGAAUCUGGUGGUGACGUCAGUAGUAUUCAUCUCUCUGGCCUUUUUGGAGAAAACACCAAACCUCACCUUUGAAUUGCUGAAAUCCUUGUUUAAAAACGAACAGGUUUCAUAAGUACAAGGACAAUUUUUAGGAGAUAUCAAAUCAUCAUAAAUGCACAAAACGUUCUUUUUACUAUUGUUGGCAUAACAUCGCGGAACAUUAGUUUCCCAAGUUUACUGUGUUGGAAGUUUCCAUGUGAUAACUAUAAAUGGUGCAAAUAUAGUUGAGUUAGUAAGUAUGGUUUGAUCAAUGUAGCUCGUAGAAAUUCUCGCUUGAUAAUUUGUCGAGAAGUAAUUGUUACGUUGUACUGUAGGCGAUUCUUUGCUGACGUCAUUGUUUACAUUUUUUCUCAUUAGCUUACGUCUUAACUCAUAGAAACCGUGGAUGUAUAUAUGAACUAAAUGCAAAAGUUUAAAGAGCUGAUUAAGUUGAGCAAUUUUUGCAAUUUUCAGCUCUUUGCAAGCAAUAUUGGAAGGAAAUAUUAGCCAUCAAAAACUGCGAAAUUGCUGGGUGACAAGAAAGUUAAUGAGCCAAAAAUAUAUUCUCUGUAAAAUUUCGAGUUUUUAGAAGAGAAUUUCUCCGAAACCAUAACUGAAACUGAAAGCGUCAUCAGCUAGUGAUAAGCAUAUGUCAUUGAGGCAAAAAGGGUAAACAAAGAUUCGCCUAUGGAAAAUAGAAAUGACGUUAUGAAGGCAGCAUCUUCCUUCCUCUUUCACACGUGCGUGAUUUUUCCGAGAAAACUCGCGGAAAUCAAUGGAGCUUAAUACUCUUAGGGUUAUACAGUGGAAACUCGAAAAAACGAAGGGCCAAGGGACUGGCAAAAUUUGUUCGCUAUACCGAGGUUUCGUUACAUCGAGGUUCUUUUCCACAUAUUUUACUGUUACUGGAGUGAAGAUACCCUGGGUGCCAGAGACUUUUCUUGCGCGGUUUCCAGUUUCUGUCAAGUCUUUAUGGUGACCCUAGCCUGCGUAGCAAGCGUUUCCUCGCGAGUUCGUCGAGAAAGUUGGGACGAGAGCAAAAAAAAGGAAUGACGGGGGAGGGGGAGGGGCCAGCUUUUUUUUUUGCUCCCGCUCUAACUUUCGCGCAAUAAUAACUCGAUUAGAAACGCUUGCUACGCAGGCUAUGGUGACCCGCGCGAAAGCCUCGCGGCUUCGGCCUUACGGCCAAAGAUGUGUCGGCCUUCGGCCAACACCGAAAAUUUCCGCCACACGCGAGAAAAACCUCUGGUACCCAGGGUAGGGUAAAGAAAAUCGUUCGUUAUACCGAGGACGUCACUGUAUAGAGGUUCGUUGAAUCGAGGUUCCACUGUAAUGAAACCAGCCAUUGCAACCAACUAGGGACAGCGUUCUUCCUAGUUUUCAGUGUAACCAGUAAGUCAGUCUUCUGUUGUUAUCUUGUUGACUUACACGUACCUCCUCGUUGUUCGAUCGCUUUUCUAUGAUCCAUAAGUCACGAGAAAAGACACAGCGAACAUUUUAUCGUAAGUAAUUAAUUAAGCCAGUCAGUCAGUAAGUAAGUAACUUUAUUCAGCCAGGAUAGCCCAUUCCACUUUCCGAUCUUCAUGAUGUUUUUGGGGUGAACCAGUGGCCCAUUCAGCUCGGACUCGACCUGUUGGUUUUGGCCCCCGCGCAUCAUAGUCACUCCUAUUGUGAGGACGACCGGCCACAGUGUUCCCUUGAUGAAAUGAAUUUUCUCUGCUUCAGUGGUUUCUUUAAUAACAUGGUUUCACGGGUGAGGGGUAUCAGCCCCCGGCCCAACCCCCAACCUGAAGGACCAGGGGGCCACAAAUUAGUCUGGUCUCUAUUAUUCGACCUGUUCUCUCAUGUGGUCACCCCACUUAUCAUGUAAACGUAAUCAAACUAAAUUGAGAGAUUAUAUAGGUAGGAGGGUUACCCCACCUAAGUGGGUUGGCUCACCUACCUUGGGUCCCCCACCUCAAUGUAAACACUGUCAGGCCCUAAAACAGGAGCUGCAAGCUAUUGUUUUAAUUAUGGUAAUAUCACCAAUUAAAUUCUGUGUUAAAAAGAAAAACAAAACAAAACUCGAACAUUGUAUUCAUUGUUAGUGGCACAAGAUUUAAAUGCUUUGUUACAUAAACAGAAAACUUACGCAUUUUGCGUCACGUAGACAAAGCGAAGUGAGCCGUUCAUCUCAUUGACCGAAAUGCAAGUCACGAAGUUUUUGUGUUACAUUUCGUCGUGCGUGACAUUUUUUGAUCUUAGAUGUAGGCGAUCACGUUUGGAGCACCUGAUCAUGUGACAUUUUGAACUGAGUACUUUUUCGAUUGAGAAUAGAUUUUUGAUGACAGUGCACCUCUGAGAGAACUGUAAUUUUUGUCGAAGACUAUUGUUCGGUUUUGAAGUCCGAAUGUUUUGGCAAGGGUAUCGGUUUUGAAGCCCGUUACUGUUGGAGUCCUAUUGGUUUCGAAUAAAAUCUAUCAUAAUACACGAACGUGGAAGGUCUGAGAAGAGGGCGCCUGGAUCCUAGGAUCAGCGACCGAGUAUCUACUUUCGCUUUCAAAAUCCGGCAACUUCCGUCUUCGCUGAAACUCUCUAGCUAGCUGUAGACCAGUGCUUGGAUAAAAAUGUCAUUUGUGGAACGAAAGGCAAGAGCUGAAAACGUUAUAAUACCACUUCGAUAUACAGUUCCAGGUGGACGGACUGGGACACUACCACGAAUCGUCAAUCCAUAUCACGUUUUUGAACUAAAUCAACAUGCAACGAUAGAGGAAAUUAAGCAAGCAUUCAAAAGAGCUGCAAAUCAAAGCCAAAGACAAGGUAGAGUCAUGGCGUCUUUGUCGUACCAUAUUCUCAUGUCUAAAGAUCAGUGAUACGGUAAGAUAAGUGAUGGCUACCAUAACAUUACAGGGAAAACUGAUGUUAUCACAGGCAGACCACCCUCUUUUAGUCGGGGCCGUUGUUGACGGUUAGAACCGCCGAGGUCAAAUAUUCAUCUCGCAAAAUAACGCUUAAAACAGCACAGGACGGCGAAAAAAACAUGACACAUGACUCAGUUAACAUUAAAUUUUCUUCAAACUUUAUUGAAAAUUUUUUUUUAAAUUCUGCAUUUUGGAACAAAUUAUAGCCACCGUAUUGUUCAUAUGUUUUUCGUCUAUAAAUAACAAACGAUCGUUGCUCAGAUUUCAAUCAACAACGGCCCCGACUAACAGAGGGUGGUCUGCCUGUGCCCAGAUAUCCAGAAAUUCUUCUCUGGUCUCAUCACAGGUACCACAGUACGGUUCCAGUAAAGUUUCAGUGUUUGUAUGGGUUAAAAAUACGAUCCUAAUAUUUCUAGGAAAUACUAAAUAAAGAUCAAUGAAACUUACUCUGCAGUUAGUUGUUGUUGUCCUUAUUGCUCUAACGAAGUUUCGUGAUAAUUUGCAGUAUCAUCUGCUUUACAAGUACAAUUUUUUUAGGAGAUAUCAAACAUGUUGAUGCGCAGUAAAGAUUAUCUGUUUCUAAAUGCACGAAACGAUCUAUUCACCUUUGAAGCUUUAAAAGUACAAUUUUUAGGACAGUUAGGAGAUAUCAAAUUGAUUUGUAGUAAAAAUCAUCUGAUUUUAAAUCUUUUCAAUGUUGUACGAAUAUAGAAAUUAUCUCGGUUGGUUGACAUAAAAUCGCAGAACAUUAGUUUCCCAAAUUUACUCUGUUGUUAGUUUCCAUGUGAUAACUGUAAGCAAAUACGGUUGAGUUAGUAAGUUUGGUUUGCUCAAUGUAGUUCGUAGAAAUUCUCUCUUGUGUAUUAGUCGAGAACUGAUUGUUACGUCGUAGUAUAGGGAAUAGAAAUGGCGUUGUGUAAGCGGGAUCUUCCUUCCUCUGUCACGCGUGCGUGAUUUUUCCGAGAAACUUCGCGGAAAGAAUAGAGCUUAAUACUCUUAGGGUUACUAAAUGACACCAGUCACUGCAACCAACUAGAAACAGCGUUCUUCCUAGUUUUCAGUAUAACCGGUACGUCAGUCUUCUUUUGAUGUUCUUUGUUUACAAGUAACUCCCCCUCUGUGGUUCUGUGAUCCAUAAGUCGCGAGGAAAGACACAAAGAACGUUUCAUCAACUUUAGGUCAAAUUGAUUAUAAGUAAUACUAUGAUCACUACAACUAAUAAUGAUGAUGAUGAUACUAAUAAUAUUUUCUUGACUAACGACUUUCCACACCACAGGAGCCACAGAUUUGGGUAUGUGCAGUGAAAUUCCCAUAUAACGAAAACCUAAACAUAAAGCAUUCUUCGCUCACGUUAUGGUCUAAUAUCUGGAAGGAGACCCGUACUCCGGGUUAAUGGAUGUUUUUUUCUGACCUUGGAAACUUCGGGGUUCCACGUGCUGUAGUCGCCUUGGAUCAUAGGCGUACGGGCCGGGGGCGAGGGGGCUGCAGCCCCCAAAUUUUGGCGACUCAGAUUUUUGGGCAGCAAGAGAAAAUUUGGGCAAAGCCAGUUUUUAAAGACGUUUCCAUGUUUUUUUUAUUAAUCUAAAGAGACAAAUAUUUUCUAUUUUAAUCUGAAAAAAUCCUGAAGUCAGCGUAAUAAUCCAGUUACAUUCUCUCGAGAUACUCACAGUGGUUGCCUAGCGCGUGAUGAGUUUCUGGUUAUAGGGAAGGGUAUCAUUUGUUGAUUUACAUAUUUAUAGUUUUUUAUUGGUGAGCACUGUACUGCACUGCACUGACUGGAAUGGGCUCUUUCCAGUUGUGAAUUGAUUAGAAUAAAUUUCCGCAUAUCUUUCUAGAAUCAUCUCAGCAACAGUGGGUCUGAAAAUGAAGAAGUGGCUGACUAGUAAUCCGCUCGAAUUACGAGAAGAAUAUUAAUUUUUUUAAAAAAUCUAUCAAGCAAUAAUUUAUUAAAGUAGACCGAAAUGUUUACAAAACCGCUAACAAGAGCCCCUCGAUACAUACUAAUGAAAUCCUUCUCUCUAGCAAUCGGCCGGAGCCAUAUCCAUGAUCAUAUCUUUUACACACGUUUUUAAAAAGAUUGAAGCUACUAUGAGGUGAAAUUGCAUGUCAAAAGAGCUUCGUUUUCUACAAAUAACAGCCAAACAUCAAGAUUUUUUUCCCCAUAUUUAUAAUGAUAAAACCUUCAUCCCAAAAUAUCCCAAUAACGCUCCUAUAGAUUCCGUUUUAACUUCACGAACAUCGAGGCGACUAUUGGAGAAAAAAGUUCCCCGUGAACAAUUUGGUAGGAAUAGUUCCCAGUGCCGAGAAAUAUUGCUGCAAGUAAAAUAGACAAUGGCGUCAUUUCGUUGCUAUGACAAUUCCGAUGUCAUUAAAACCCUGCUCAUGAUAAAUUUUCAUCUUUAUCUAAUAAAACUAUGGUAGCAGUUUUUCCAAAUGUUUGUCUAUGGCGACGUAGUUAUUCUCAAAAUUGGGAGGUAUUGACCUUUAUAUGCCAGUACGGCCUACGUUAUUGCAUCGUAUCGCCCUCGUUUCUUUUCUACUGUUUCGUAAAAAUUUGGGCAACUUGGGAGAAUUUUUUGGGCAAAUAGCUUAACGCCCCCCCUGGCAAAAAAUUGCCCGUACGCCUAUGCCUUGGAUACCGUGUUUACUUGAUUAAACGCCGUCCUCGAUUAAACACCGCACCCGAUCAGAAGAAUGCAGACAAAAGAAAACUCGAUGCAAUUGUGUUACCUACAACAUCUGAGACAACAACGAUUCUCUCUUAGCAAACAAAGCGAGGCAUUUUUUAAUUGGAACUUUAAUCUUAUUAUCUUUCUGCUUUACAUAAUGUUCAAAAAUGAUUUAUCGGAGUUGUUGUCAGAGAUUUAAGAAAUGUGAUUUUGAAAUAAAAGCGAAUAAAUACGGUACUCCACACGCUGUGGCAGAUCCAAAAGAAUUCGCCACUUGCACAUCACCCAUAAUUGCACGUUAUUUGCCCCCCCCGAAUUUUGCAUAACCUUUGUUUUUCGUUUCACCAGGAUAUUACAGCCGUCCUACAAUGCUUAUGCAAUUUUUUUUUUUGUGGGGGCAAACAAUGUGCAUUAUGAGAGAUGUGCAAGUGACGAAUGAUGCCAUUUCCCUGAGGACAGACGGUGCCUGGUUACUAGGCGGACACUUUCGCUUUUUACUUCCGAGAACUUCCGUUUACCGAUUCGUCUCUCGCAGUGGCGUAAUUCGAUGUGAGCAAGGAUGUCGUGGCUGCUAGAUUUUUUUUGGCGUCUAUUUUCGUCAGACGGGCGUGAGGAACGAGCUGAAAAGGAACUAGCAUUUCGAUACACUGCUCCAGAUAGAGAAACUGUAUCAAUUCCGCGAUUCAUCGAGCCAUAUACAUUUCUCAACGUGCGUCUAAAUGCAUCGAGGGCGGAAAUUAAAUCGGCUUUUCUAAGGGUUGCAAAUCACAGCAGUAGACAUUCUAGAGCCAUGGCAUCUCUGUCCUACCAUAUACUCAUGUCUAAAGAUCAGCGAUACCGAAAGAUAAAUAAUGCUUCCUAUGAAGUAAGCAGUGAAAAUGAUGUUAUUGUGCUCGCAGCCGUUGGUGACACAGCUAGCCUGAUCGAACAAAUAUCCAAAGAUCCUUCUUUGGUUACAUCCACUGACGAACACGAACAUUCGCUUUUGUAUCUCGCUGCUCGCGCUGGAUUCUAUGACACAACUGAGGCUCUUCUCGAGAACGGGGUUCCUGUAAAUGAGACACAGGUUGAUGGUAGCACCGCUCUCCACGCAGCGUCUUACUUUGAACAACUUCGUGUCGUCAAACUUUUGCUUCGAUACGGAGCAGACCCAGAAGUUAACAACAGAUGGGACAAAACUCCAGCGGACGAGGCUUCCUCGAAAAUUAAGCGAAUUAUUUUGUCAUACAAGGAAGACCCUAUCUCAAAAAUCCUAACGUCGCUGCUUCGAGAAGGCCUUGCCUGUAGGGUCCGUUUCAUUAAACACAAGGACACUGUUAUUGCAAAAGAA